UUUGCUUAUUAAUUAAGAUGGAUAAAAGCUAAACUUGAAAUGCUAUUUGUCAAAUAUAUAUCAUAGAUAGAUAUAUCCACAAAGUGUAUGAAUGAAAACUAAGAAACUAUUGUACCCCAAAAAUAUAUUUCUAAAUAGAACAAGAAAGAAAAAAAUAUUGUCAAUGUUAUUUUACUUAAAAGCAAUACAAAUAUGCUAUCGGGUAAGACAAGGUCAUAUCAUAAAAUGUUAUUUCAAAACAAAACCCCCCCUAAUGUCCAUUUCAGCAUAGCGUUACUGGCAUAUUAUUUAUUUCGAAUAGUCUCGUAGCAGAACAUUGAGUGUUGACCGAGAGGGAUAGCGGAGGCAUCCCGCCGGCGCGUAAUUGAUUGCAGUCCGCGUGGGGUCGUCGAGCCGAACGCACGCUCGUAGCGCCCGCCACCGCCGCCCAGCGCCCUAGCCCUUUGUCCGUCUCAUAUACCAAAUCGAACAAAUCCUAGAGACACCAGUGAUUCUCUAACCUUUUUAAGUGAUAUAAGACAAAUACGGCUGCGCAGCCCGAGCGAAAUAUGGAAAAUAUGCACAAGCGAAAGCUUCCUCCGACUAAUCCUGAUGUUGAGGAAAUUAUUUGUAUUUCUGAUGAUGAAGACGUACCGCCAGUGGUCCGGUCUAAACCUAAUGAGGAUGAUCCUCAAAGCAGCGCGAGUGCUGUAGAUAUUGUGGAUCUGGAAGUUCCGGAUGAUGAUGUCAUUCCGAUUUACGAGAUCGACGACGACGAAUCGGAAGAGGAAGUGGAGGUAGAGCCGCCCUCUGCUGAGCCUCCUGCUGAGCCUCCUGCUGAGCCUCCUGCUGAGCCUCCUGCUGAGCCUCCUGCUGAGCCUCCUGCUGAGCCUCCAGCUGAGCCUCCUGCUGAGCCUCCUGCUGAGCCUCCUGCUGAGCCUCCUGCUGAGCCGUUGGAAACGAUCCAAAUCCUGACCGAUGAUGACCUACUAGAGCCUGACUCGGAGUCCCUGCUCUUAUAUGACAGUGACACUGAUAUCGAACCCGAAUCGUCUGAUGACGAAUCGCAGGACUCGCAGGACUCGCAGGACUCGCAGGACUCGCAGGACUCGCAGGACUCGCGAAACGAUAAUAGCAGGGCCGACUCCGAAUCUCCAGUACACCCGUUUGAUCCUGAUGAAUUCGCACACGACCCUGACGACACCAUCGACCGUCGCAUAGCAGAGUCCGACCCGGAUGCAGACACGAGCAGCCCCCAUUACUGGGCUCAGCGCGCCCCCGAUGUAUACAGGCUGACCAGGGAAGGCGACCCACUUAUCUCGCCAUUUCUGCUACGCGCCCUGCAGCAAUCAAUUGCGCCCUCUACCGGAGUGAAACCGGUUGGACUUCCCGUUAACGGCACAGUUACGGAAAUAUUCAAUACGUUGGAAGGGAUUGAGCACCCUACAAAUGAACUCUUCUUAGAAAAUUUACGUAAUAUGAGCCCGGAUACCUCCAGAUUCAUGAGGGGAUAUCGAUGCGAACUUAUCAGGAUGAACAUCCAGCGCACUAAUGAGAGGAUUGCUCGUAUGAACUUGCGGCUUGACGACGGGAGCGGACCAAGCGGAGGAAGUGGAGGAAGCGGCGGCAGCGGCAGCAGAGGCGGCAGCGGCGGCAGCAGCGGCAGAAGCAGCGUCAGCGGCAGCAGCGGCGGCAGUGGCGGCAGCAGCGGCAGCGGUGGCAGCGGGGGCAGCGGCGGCAGCGGCGCCAGCGGCGGCAGCAGCGGCAGCAGCCGCAGCGGCGACAGCAGCGGCAGCAGCCGCAGCGGCGACAGCAGCGGCAGCAGCGGCAGCAGCCGCAGCGGCGACAGCGACGACAUCGGCGAGCUGGACCUUGUCUUUGAGCUGGUGGAAGAAAUUAGCCUACCGGGGGACAUGCCCGAGCUCGAGGUAUGGCUGAAUGGCAGCAUGUCGGAAGACAGUGGAGACGAUGAUGAUGACAUCAUGAACCUGUUUCCCCGCCUGUCGCACCUGAACUGA